AUGGAUGAAGAGAAUUGGAUUACUAUCACUAAACCAAAAAAAUCAAAAUCCGGCGAGCUUAAGUUGACACAUGAAAAUAAAAAUGAUUCUGAAAAUGAGGAUGUGUUAAAUCUGAUGCAGACAUUCAAUAGAAAUGUCAACAAAAUAAAAUUAAAUGAAAAGGAAGCCAAUCUAAAGAAAAAAACGCAGAUACCAGUGAAAAUAAAACAGCAAGUAGAAAAGAAGAAAAUUAUGAAGCGAAGUGAUAAUAUUGAGAAAACCAAUCCACUGCCAACUGUUUAUCACAGUCUUAGUUCAGCUUUGAAAUCAUUGAAUCUAUCGGAAUUUAGAGAUCACUUAGAAGCGACAAAACUCCAAUUCAAUAACAAUGUGAUUUUACUAAAGACUGCUUUGACAUAUCUGAAUGAAAAAUUGAAAUUGGAAAAGACUGAAGACUCUCUGUUAUUUGAUAGGCCUCUCGACUAUCCAAAUAAUAUUCUUCCUUUAAAGCUCAAAGCUUUACUGUCACAAGUAAUUGAACAAUGUAAUGGCGAGAAUCUUCAAUAUUUCUUCAACAGCUUAUUGCAUUCAUUGUGUGAUGAAUUAAAUAAGAAUAGAAAUUUCAUCGGACAUCUAAUCAUGUUGCAACAAAUCGCUCAUUUCUAUCCUGAAGUUUGUCUUGCUAAUUUAGCCAGCACAGUUAUUCUCAGAAAUUCAUAUCAAAAUCAGUCUCCGAUUUGUCUUUCGCUUUUCUGGACUUUGUGCACUUCUGGUUUUGUCAGCACUUCUGUCGCUUUGAGAGUGUGGAUGGAGAUAAUAAGUUCAGUGAUCAAUGUUAAAACCUACACAAAAUUUGCAUUUAAUUUACUGGAAAAAAUUCUUCUCGCAAGCACGGAGACACCAGCACUGAAUUUGUCUUUAAAUGAUUAUAAGAUGAUUGUGAAUUUAAUUCUUGAUAGUGAUUUGAAAGCAAAAAUGAAAGAUGGACAAAACAUUAAAGGAAAUAUUAUUGAUCUUUUGUCGACGAAAUUUAUUUCAAGCGUUGGAGACAAUCCUGGAGAAUAUUUUCUUAUAAUGCUGAAAUAUUCUAAAAGAAAUCCUGAGCUGUUUGUUCAUGCCAUUGUUGAGGAACUUCUUGAAUAUCCUGAAGAAACUAUAGAAGUCUGGGAAAAUGUUUUUGAUGACUACAAAAAACAGCAUGCAUUGAUCUUUUGCUAUAUAGAGAAUAACUUAGAUAAAACAUCUGCCUUAUUGGACAAUAAAACGUUCCUAUCAUUUGUGAAAUCAAUUGACUAUUCGAAGUAUCCACAUUUAUUGUUUUUCAAGGACAUUCCUGCAAAAAUGAGUGACAACAAAAAGCAAAAGAAACAAAAGAAAGGCUCUGGUGAAUCAUCGAGGUCAUCAUGCUGUAAAUGGUUCUUUGGAUCAAUCUUUUUGUUCAGUGCUAUAGCCGGACUUAUAGCUUACGAUACAAAUGUUCUCCAUGAUGGAAAAUUCGAAGAGUCAUCAGUAGGAAGAGUUUUAAAGCAAACUGGAGCUCUUCCACAUGUCGAGAAUGCUUGGUUUGUGUCACUCAAGUAUAGCGCAAGAGGUUACAAGUGGAUUGAAGAGCAAGCACCAGUUGCUUACAGUAAAACACGAACCUUUAUGGAGCCUUACUGCGAUUUCACAAAGGAUCUUGCUUUGACAGCUCUCAACGUAGCGAAAAAUGGAUGGGAAUCAACGAAAAUAUUCUUCGCUGAAAAGACGCCUGUGGUGAUUUCAUUCAUUGAUAAAUAUGUACCCGGUUUAGGUCAAAAGAUUCAAGAUUUUACUGCUAAUGCUGCCAAAGGUUUUUGCAGCUUAACAUGCAAUGGUUGGCGACAUUCCGUAGAGUUCUUUAAGACAAAAGUUUUUAUCGGUCAAUUGUCACCGGAAAAUAUUGGAAAAGCAUUUAAUUCAACUACACAACGGGCACUCACGUACUACAGCUGGUUCCAUGAAAAAGUUGACUUUUACGCUAAAGUCAAAUAGUUUUCUUAAAACAAUUUCUUUUGUCUGAUUGAUGGUGUCCAUCGAUGAUUUCAUUUCAAUUUUUCUUCACCUUCCUAAUCAUUUUUUAUUUUGUUUUUCUUCGCUUCAUGUCAAGUAAACGACAAGAGGAUGAUGAAGAAUUGUCAAGUAAUUAAUUACUUGCAUGCAAGUAGAAAGAAUUGAAUUUCAUUCGAAAAUGUAACAAAUUUCGAGAGAAAGUUCAUUGAAUGAUUGCCAUCAGACCAACUCAACAUACUUAAUCUUAAGCUUCCUUCGUCGAGUUUUCUUUCAUUUGUGGAGUUUCAUUUUCAAUUUUUUUUAAUUUUUCCCUUUUUUUCAUUUCAUUCAUUUCUUGUACUAUGAAAAGUUUUUCUUUUGAACUUAAUUUCUUCUUUCACAUUCGUCUGAAUAUUUUUAAUAAAAUUGUACAGUGAAAACUGUGAAGUAAUGAAAGUAGACAAAUAAAUGUUUCAAUUUUUAAAUGAUUUCUGAGUUUAUUAAAAUAACUUGUAAUGAUGAUAUAAUUUUUUAUCUACAUUGAAAGCAGUAAAUGUUUAAGUGCGUGGGUGUAAUGGUAGAGUAGAGAAUCAUCAAUCUUUUUUAUGAACUUCUCUUAUUCUAAUUAUACAAAUUUAUAUUAUUUUUGCACUUCAAAGCUGUCAAAAUAUUGUUGCACAUACAUUCUUAAAAUUACAUAAUAAUUUAUUUAUUUAUGAUAUUUAAUCGAGAAGAAAUAAUUAACUUAAACUUAUGUUGGACUUUCAGCCUUUUCAGAAUCAUUUGGAUCGUUUGUUGGCGGGUCAGUUGGCUCAUGUGAGUGUUUCUUCAUCUCCACAUGUCCAUAACAAUUUUCACAAUCAUCUUCUGACUCUGACGAGCUCUCACCGAAUUCUUUUGGCUUUACAUAAAUGCAACAACAUUUCGAUUUCUUCUUAUUAAGUCCUUCAUUAUCUACUGUUGUUUCUGUCCAUUGGACUUUCUUCUCAGCUUUGGGUUUGUGAAGACGUAAUCUGAGCGUUGGUGUUACUCUUGAUUGUCCAUUGUCUUCCACUGUUUGGGUUAUGGUGGUACUGUUCGUUCCAGGAAGAUUCACUGUACUAGGACUAACACUCAUUAUAUCCGGCACUU